AUGGUGCAAGGAAGGAAGUUCAGAGGAGUAAGGCAACGCCAAUGGGGUUCAUGGGUGUCUGAAAUUCGUCACCCUUUACUGUUAACCAAAGUUUAUAUUAACUCGGACAGGAAGAGAAGGGUGUGGCUAGGGACAUUUGAGACAGCAGAGGCUGCAGCAAGGGCAUAUGACCAAGCAGCCAUUUUGAUGAGUGGUCAAAAUGCCAAGACCAAUUUCCCUGCACCAACACUGAAUCAGCCUCAAGGUGCCACCACUUCCACUCCUUGUGAAGACCCCUUCUCAUCUCCCAAUGUUCUUUCUGAGCACCUGAGUAGAAAGCUGAAGAAGUGCUGCAAAGACCCUUCUCCAUCCCUCACAUGUCUCAGGCUAGAUGCUGACAAUUCCCACAUUGGAGUGUGGCAAAAGGGUGCAGGACCACGUUCAGACUCUAAUUGGAUCGUGAGGGUGGAGCUUGGGAAGAAACAUGGAGAGGGUGAAUCAAGUGUUUCAGAAGGGUCACCUCAGAAAAGUGGUAUUGAUGGUGAUGAUGAAGAAGAUAGAAUUGCCAUGCAGAUGAUCGAUGAACUUCUUAAUUGGAAUUAUCCAUGUGGUUCAAUUAAUUAA